AUUGAGGCGGCGGCCAACGACGGCGUCAGUGACGGCAGCAAGAAACGACCCUACCUUGUGUUCUGCUUAACGCCCGCCUUAGGCCACACGUACCCUAUACUACAGCUUACUACAGAGAUAAUCUAGCAAGGGUUUAAGGCGACCUACCUUACUAGCAAACAGUUCUAGCUGCAGGUUAAGUAGAUAGGUGCUAAGUUUGUUACGCUGCCACCCUUUGUAACUCCUAGUUUUCUUAAGGAACGCAACAAGGUCCCCCCAGGCAAGGCUCAGAUAGUCUAGGACAUACGUAACAUCUUUAUUGUAAUAGCGUCCUUAAACUUCCCUGUAGUGAUGCGGGCCCUAGAGAAGGUCCGCGCGGAACGCCCUAACCAGCAGGUUAUUAUUAUCUAUAAAACCUGCUUUAUAGGUCUCCUCCCCAUGAUAUGCAGGGGGCCGUUACCAAAGGGUUAUACUACCAGACCGCCCGUCAUUAAUGCCAACGUGUUCACCGUCGCCGCCGCGGGCAUCGACACCGGCCCAUUCGGGCCCGGCCUCCUCCCCCGACUCGACCGAGUCCGGUCGUGCGAGGAACGCGCUUCUCAUCAGCCUGUUCUUUAGACCCGGAGGGCCGUUCGACCAGAUGAGACAAGAGUACAACGCCAUCAUCAAAUCGCUCGGGGCAACGCAAGAUGCCCCAACUUCCCAUACCCGGCGUGGUGGAGCGACAUCACGGCCGGCACCAAGAAGAUCGUCGGAGUCACGCAGGGCACCGUUGCCAUGGAGUACACGGACCUCAUCAUCCCCACGUUGCAGGGCCUUGCCCAUCGCGACGACAUCCUCGUUGUCGCCAUCCUGGGUGCCAAGGGCGCCACCUUGCCCCAAGAAUUCGCAGUUCCCGUCAAUGCGAGGGUCAUAGACUACAUUCCCUAUGACGCGCUACGCAAGCACGCUGAUGUAUGGGUCAUGAAUGCCGGGUUUGGCGGCUUCACGCACGGCAUCACCAACGGCGUGCCCAUAGCCCGAGGUCGCCAUGCGAGGGCAGUGGGCGGGCGUUGCCUACAACCUCAGGACGGGCAGCCCGACGCCACAGCAGGUCGCCGACGGUGUUGAAGAGAUUCUCGUCAACGACAGGUACAAGAAGCGCGUGAUGGAGGUCAAGAAGGAGAGCGAUGAGCUGAAGAUUAUGGAUAUCGUAAAGGAGCAUAUCUGGGAAUACGCGGAAUCUUCCUAGAUU